CGCAACACAGAGGCAGGUCUGAGGCUAGGCGACCCCGCCCGGGGUAUCACGCGCCAAGCCCGGGAGAGUGACCGCCGUGCCCGCGUCUCGCCUCAUCUCCCGCAGCUCCCGGGCCCGCUCCGUCCACCGAGUCCGAUGGCGACGGCGGCGCUGAGGGACCCGCCUGAGGUUGGUGUGACCUUUGAGGACAUUGCCCUGUACUUCUCCUGGGAGGAAUGGAAGCUCCUUGAUGAGGCUCAGAGACACCUGUACCAUGAUGUGAUGCUGGAGAACUUUGAACUUAUAUCUUCACUGGGUGUCUGGAGUGGAGAAGAGAAUGUUGAGGCAUCCUUUGAACAGAAUGUUUCUGUGGUAAUGUCACAGGUCAGGACUUCCAAGGAACCUUCAUCUUCCCAGAAGACUCACCCCUGUGAGAUGUGUGGUCCAGUCUUGAGAGACAUUUUCCAUUUGACUGAGCAGCAGGGAACACAACACAGCCAGAAACUAUUCAAGUGUAGGGCAUGUGCAAAAGGAUUUUAUUUCAGUGCAGACACUCAGCAGCACCAGGAGCAACACAUGCAAGAAAAACCGUUCAUAAUCGGUGUGGACAGGGCCUCAUUUGUGAAGAGCAGCAAUUUCCAUGUGUCAGGGGAGGCUUUUACCUGCAAGAAAGUUGCAGAGGACUUCCUAGCCACCUCAGGACAUCUGAAUCAACAGGCCAUUCACACUGGGGAAAAGCCAAACACAGUCACCCACUGCAUGGAAACGUUACAAAGCAGAAAAAGUCAUUGCACCAGGGGAGAAUGCAAGAAAGCCUUCAGCCCCAAACACACACUUGUUCAGGCCCAGAGUGUCUACACUGAAAGACAGUGUUUUAUGUGCAGUGAAUGUGGGAAAACAUUCAAGUAUAAAUCCUCAUUUGUUGUGCACCAGAGAAUUCACACUGGUGACAGGCUUUAUGACUGUGGCGACUGUGGAAAAUCUUUUAGGGGAAGCUCAGCCCUCAUUCAACAUCGAAGAAUUCAUACUGGGGCAAGGCAGUACAAGUGCAGCAAAUGUGGGAAAUCCUUUAGCCAAGAAUUUGUCUUCAUUUAUCCUCAGAGGAGUCACACUGGAGAAGAUUGCCACAUUUGCCAUCAGUGUGCACAAUCUUUUAGCCAUAGCUCCAUCUUUUUUCAACAACAGACAGUUCACACUGGAGAAAUGAGUUAUGAGUGCACUGAAUGUAGGAAGCCCUUUAGACGAAAAUCUGACCUCAUUGAACACUGGAGGGUUCACACAGGAGAAAGGCCUUAUGAGUGCAGUGAAUGUGGGAAAUCCUUUACUUCUAGCUCCGCCCUUCGUUAUCAUCAGAGAGUUCACACUGGAGAAAAGCCUUAUAAAUGUGGGGAAUGUGGGAAGUCUUUUACCUCUAGCUCUGGCCUACGUUAUCAUCAGAGAAUUCACACAGGAGAAAGGCCAUAUGAGUGUACUGAUUGUGGAAAGUCUUUUACCCAAAUAAAUCACCUCAUUAUACACCGAAGAGUUCACACAGGAGAAAGGCCUUAUGAGUGUAGUGAAUGUGGGAAAUCCUUUAGCCACAAAUCUUACCUGUCUCAACACCAGAGAGUUCACACUGGAGAAAGGCCUUAUGAAUGUAGUGAAUGUGGGAAAUCUUUUACCUCUGGUUCCGCCCUCUGUUAUCAUCAGAGAGUUCACACAGGAGAAAAACCUUAUGAGUGCAGUGAAUGUGGGAAAUCCUUUACCAAUGGACCGAUACUCAUUCGACACCGUAGAGUUCACACAGGAGAAAGGCCUUAUGAGUGCAGUGAAUGUGGGAAAUCCUUUACCCAAAGAAAUCAUCUCAACAUACACCAGAGAGUUCACACAGGAGAAAGACCUUAUGAGUGCAUUGAAUGUGGGAAAUCUUUUACCUCUGGUUCUGCCCUUCGUUAUCAUCAGAAAAUUCACAUUGGAGAAAGGCCUUAUGAGUGCAGUGAAUGUGAGAAAUCUUUUACCUCUAGCUCUGCCCUCCGUUGUCAUCAGAGAGUUCACACAGGAGAAAGACCUUUUGACUGCAGUGAAUGUGGUAAAUCUUUUAGGGACAGUUCCCAAUUGAAUCAACACCAGAGAGUUCACACUGGAGAAAAGCCUUAUGAAUGUAGUGACUGUGGGAGAUCCUUUAGCCAGAAUUCAUACCUCUCUAAACACCGGAGAGUUCACACUGGAGAAAGGCCUUAUGAGUGCAGUGAAUGUGAGAAAUCUUUUACUUCUGUCUCUGCCCUUGGUUAUCAUCAGAGAGUUCACACUGGAGAAAGACCUUAUAAGUGCAGUGACUGUGGGAAAUCUUUUACCAAUAGCUCAAUACUGAUUCGCCAUCGGAGAGUUCACACAGGAGAAAGGCCUCAUGCAUGUAGUGACUGUGGAAAGUCCUUUACCCAAAGAAUUCACCUCAUAAUUCACCGGAGAGUUCACACAGGAGAAAGGCCUUAUGAGUGCAGUGAAUGUGGGAAAUCUUUUACCUCUCGUUCCACCCUUCAUUAUCAUCAGAGAGUUCACACAGGAGAAAAGCCUUAUGACUGCAGCGAAUGUGGGAAGUCUUUUAGCCGAAAAUCUAACCUCUCUCAGCACCAGCGAGUUCACACUGGAGAAAGGCCUUAAAUGUGUAAGAAAUGUAUAAUUUCCUUGUUCAGUGUAGUGACAUUGGAUGAAACUGUGAGGCACUAGUUGUCCCAUGCAUCCAAACAUCAGGAGUAGAGAGAUUCCUCAUAAUUUUCAGUUUUGUGGGAAGCAUGUGUGACUGUGUUACACUCUCUAACCUACCCAGGGCUCUUGAUAGAUUUAUGUCACUGCCACUUUCUGUAGCCAGAUCCAUUUCACCUCUAUAAGCUGGCAUGUCCCCACAGUGUGCAUCAGUCACUACUGCAGUGUGCUCAGGGAAGCCAACUCUGUUCUCUCAUUUCUGGGAGGAAAUUAGGAAUAACCUGAACCUUUAGGAUUCCCUUUCUGACCAGCUUGGGCAUGGGCCUGACCUACUAUUGGCCCAGAGAACAUCAUAUGAGUUCAUCUGGCAGCUUCCAGAGAAGGAUUACCAUUUUCAGGGACACGUUGGUCUCAAGAUACUUGUGAUGAAGUUUUAUACCUUCUGAGUCACCAGCUAAAGAACUGCCAGCCAUUGCUGGCAGAUCUGCCAGAACAUUGCCAGAACAGUAACAAAGACCUUACUGUUUAAGUCCUCUUUAAUCUUGGAUAUUUUAUUUACCAAAUAGGGUAGGUUAUAAACAGAUUUGGGCAUGAAGGGGUGAGCAACUUUUAUGGGGGUAUCAAACUUUCUGUGCCUCAGAGGAGACAUUACAAAGGCAGAAAUUAACUUACUAGUUUUUGUCAAAUUUGCAUUUCUGCCCGUGGCCUCCUAGGAAAGACUGCAGGACUUUCUUGUCUUCAUUUGAGGCCUGGAUGCUAUGAGUUUUAGGAGACUCAGAGGGCACCCUGAGGAGGGGUCCAGUGUGAAAACCUCAACUGCUUCUGGGAGCAGCAUGAAUUUUUUCCCUUGUUCACAGGGCAUGUCAGCAAUGCUGAGGGAACUCUCUUCCCCAGGUCUUACAAAGAGCCAGGCAGAUUUUUAAAAAAAAGAGAGAAAAGGAGAAUCUGUAGUCCACAGAUGUGUCUCUUGUGACCCAGGCCGCAUUCCUGUUGACUCUGGUGGAAAGUCAUUGCUCACUCUAUUUGCUGUCUUUGAGCUUGCGGGAUCUUAGUUUCCCAACCAGGCCUCAUCAGUGAAAGUGCAGAGUCCUAACUACUGGACUGCCAGGGAAUUCCCAUUUUUUUCAUUCUUACCGGCAGUGUAUGAGAGCUCCAUUUCUUCCACAUCCUGGUGAAUAUUUCAUUUGUUCAUUCUUUUUUUUUUUUUAACAAAAGUUGUCACUUUAUUAUAUUGUACAUAUGUGUCUUUCUACAUAAAUGGGAUAAAAGAUAACAUUCCAGAAUAUUAGUGUUUUUAUUGGGAAUGUGUAUUUCUUUUAUUUUUAUUAUUUGUAUUUUUUUAUAGUCAGUCAUUCUUAAUUUUAACCCUUUUUGUAAGUUUGUCCAGCUAUCUAACUGUUGUUUUAUUUGCAUUUCCCUAAAGGUUCAUGAUGAGCAUUUCUUCAGAUGCAUAUUUGCUACCUCUGUAUCUUUAGUGAAGUGUUCAUAUCUUCUGCCUAUUCUGUGAAUUUUGGCUAUUUUCUUCCUUUCACAAAAGAACAGUGAAACAGCCAAGUUGUAUUGGAAUUUCACUCAUUUUGUGACUUUUUAAUUUAUGGAAUAAUUGUUUUUAAUACUGGAAUAAUAUGUUCUAAUUUUUUCAAUUUUUUAUGCUAUGUGCAAUGUAAUGGAAACAUAUACCAUAUACUUUUAAUUUUAAUCUGUGUUAAUAAUGUACUCUCCAGCACUUUCUAAAGUUCAGACAUUUAAUAAUACCACAAACCCUUGCUUAGUAGUGUUCGCCCCUUUGCCUGGUCUAUCAUCAUGGGAGUUGGUGGCUUGGAGCAGAACUCUUGGUGAGGGAGACAAGAUGGCAUCAGGAUGAACAGGGUGUUUUUUGAGUCCCAAAGCCUAGCAGGACUGGAAAUAAGGCAGUAAUCAGACUCCCCAAGCCCUGGGUCAGGCAGCCUGGGUUUGAAUCCUGAUCCCAAAAUAUUGUGACUCACAGGCAAAUGACCAACAAUUCUGGGCCUCAGUUUCCCCCUUUGUAAAAGAGGUAUAAGUUGUGGCUCUACCAGUGAGCUGUGGGAGGUGAAGAGCUGAAACAUGGUUAUACCCGCAACCUCAUUGGACCUAGGCAGCACUAGCCUCUGCCUUCCAUGACAUUCCCUGGCCAGGCACCCCUCAUUUUCCCCAAAAUCCCUGGGUACAUUUGGGAAAGAAAUGGGGCUUCUCAGAAGCCACUGACCCACCCACCCCACCCACCCACAAGGAGGCAGAGGCUGUACUGACAUCUCAGUGUGGGUUCCCCACCUGGGAAUCUCUGGACAACUUGCUAGAGCUCCCUGAGACUCAGUUUGCUGACUGACAUGGAGGUGAUGAGGCGCUUACCUUGGUUCCUGUGAGGAUUAAUAAAAGUAACAAAAUACUGAGUACCUAACGGUGCCAGGAUUCCAGGGUUUCUUUAUGAACAUAUUCUCUUUAAUUCUCACAACCCAAGAUAGUGGGAACUAUUAUUGUACUGCUGGGGAAAUCCAGGGUCAGAAUGAUGUUGUGGGUUCCCCAAGGUCACACAAUGGACAAGUGUCUGGUUCAAGAUGCUGGAUUCAUACCCCUAAGUCUAGCUCCAGAGCUGGGGAUGUUUAAUCCCUUUACCUCAGCACGUGAAGCACUCAUCCCUGGGCAGGCACGCACAGAGUUCCAAGGAGUCUCAGCUGCUGUUACCUUUGUUGGAAUUAUCAACAUGACCAUUUCCCCACUUACCUCCUGCCCUCACACAGUUCUCACAGGAUUGCCCUUGUCUGUCAUUACUAGUGGCUUCCCCAAUGGGAGGUUUUUCUCUCAGCUGCAAUUGCAUUAUGUCCAAAGGCCGCACCUUCCUCUCCUUUGAGCACAGCACAGAGCUUAACCCUCAAGAAUCAGUGAUUCAGGGCUGGGUCUCUCCACCUUCAUCAGCGACUUGAGUGACAGCCUCUGAUGCCAUCUAACAUCCCAAUAUGAGGUUUGACUUUUUCAGGUAUUUGUAACCUUCAUCCUGGAGGACUAGAGACAGCCCAGCCCAGAGGACCUGGUUCCAGGAGGUGAUAAUGGAGACCUAUGUGCUCCUGGUCUCACUGGGUAACAGCUCACCUCUGCUCCAUUCAUGGACCUGCUGCCUGUUUGGUUCUGUCCCCUCUGUCCAGGACUGGCUGGUUGAGAAGACCACUGGCACACACUGUCCUUCUUCCCUGCACUCCUCACCAUGUUCUGGACCGACAUCCUCUAUUCUAACCUUUCUGUCUGCACCAAGGGUCUUUUGGUAAAAAACACAAGUCCUCACCUGAGUGCCCAUCACACUCUAACCACAUCUGAGGUCCCCACUCCAGAUUACACAGAAGGGGAACUGACUAGCCUAGCCUGGUUGGGUCAUGUGUCCCCUCGGUCCAGUUAGCAAGGUCAUGGGUGAUAGGCUGCUUCAGAGAAGAGGGUGAGUCAGGCAGUACUUCUUGAGAAUCAUUUAGCAUCAGUUCAUCCAGGGUAUCUUCUUAAACCAUACAAUCCCAGUUAAAACAGGCUCCUGGUGACUUCCCUUGUGGUCCAGUAGUUGAGACUAAACACUUCCAAUGAAUGGGGUACUGGUUCGAUCCCUGGUCAGUGAAGUAAGAUCCCACAUGCUGCACAGCACGGCCAAAACAAAAAAAAGGUGGGGGUAGCUCCUGAAUGCUACACCAUUGUCCCUUGUUUCUUAAGGCCUAGACCAUGCUCCUGUGCUGCUUCAGGAGAUGAUUUUAGAGGGUGCACAGAUCUGACAUAAAGUGGAAUGCUUGGACACCCUGAGAAAGCAAUUCUUUUCCCCUGCUCUUUCCCUUGCUGCUGUCAGGAGAAAGUCUUCUUGGUAUAGUGCUAGGUCUCUAUUGCCCACUGUUACUAAUAUCCCCCUCCCCAUUUUUUGUGCCCGAACAGGGACAUGAAACUAAUAUCCCUUUUUAAUAGAGGGGGCACCCGUGAGCAUACCCCAUGGGGUCCCUGGGACUUCAGAGCAUUAUUUUGAUUUCAUUGUAUUUUCAUGGUAAACUUCCACUUGUCCCAAGUCAAACUGGUUUUCCCAAUUAGCAGAGAAAUACAAAUAUUCUUUUUAAGAUGCAAUCUAUAUAAGAAAAAUAAAAUAUAGGUCAUUUAAAAGAGAAUUGUAACACUGGCCACAGCCAAGUUCCCGUAAACACAGACCAGGUGUCAGGUUUGUUGCAGGCACUGUUCAGACUCCAUUCCUUGAAUUCCAACAUCCUGUCCUCAGCAAAGUAAGGAAAAUACAGCCACUGAGUGAGUCCCUCAGAAACCUCAAGUUAUUCAACGUAGAAGAUGUGCCUUCUUUAUGAGGUGCCAACCUGUGCUUUCUUUGCUGCUAAAAGUCCUUUUUGUGACCACGCUGCAUGGCAUGCAAGAUCUUAGUUCCCAGACCAGACCAGGGAUCGAACCCCUGCCCCCUGCGGUGGAAGCACAGAGGCCUAACCACUGGAUUGCUAGGGAAUUCCCUAAAAGUCCUUUUUAAAAAUGAAAUGUGAGUGUAGAUGAUAGUUAAUGUCCUUUCUGCACCAAAUCACCAUGUAGAUUUCCUGAUUUUUAAAAAAAUUUUACAGGUCCAUGAAAUAUCAAAAUCUGGGAAUGACCAAGUCAUCCCCUCACACAGAUAUCCCUUUCUCAAGGAUUAAAUACUCCAGAUCACCUCCCCCUCACAUGGCUACCUUCUCCAAGAAUGCUGGCCCUACACAGGGCUGUGCACUGUUUCCUCCUCAGUGUAGCACUCAGGAGGCUGAGUCCUGGAGCCAUAGCUCCUGGUGAGAAUCCCAACUCUGCUUCUCACAGGCUGUAUGGCCCCAGGCAAGUUUCUGAACCUCUCCCUGGCUUAGAGUCCUCCUUGACAGAAUGGGGUAAUAUGGUAUUUAUGUCACAGUACUAUUGUUUGUCUAAAUGGGUUCAUGUAUGAAAACUGACCAGUCUGUUACUUCCUGACUGUGCAGGUCUGAGGUAUGAUCUCUGUUGCCAUCACUGCUCCUGUUGAUACCACCAUCAUCAUCAUCAUUAUCCUCAUUAUCAACAUGCCUGAACUUGGCACCUUCUAGAGCAGUGUUGUGAAGCGUUGUAUUUCAAUAGUACAGUUGCCAGAGACAGCCAACCUGGGUCCCCAACUGGAUCAGCUGAGUAUCAGUUACAUGCCAUUCACCUGUCUCAAUUCACUUGUUAUUGAUAGUUGAGUUGUUUCCAGCUUGGGGAUGUUAAAGAUAAAGCUGCUGCAGACAUUUAUAGCUAGUCUUCAUGUGGAAAUGUGUUUCAUUUAUUUUGAACUAAGAUUUGUGAGUAUAAUUCCUGAGUCAGAUGGUAGGUGAAUUUUUUGUUGUUAAGAAACUGACAAAAUUUCAGUUUCAUUGACCUUUUCAAUUUUUUUUUAGUCUCUAUUUCUGCCCUGAUCUUUAUUAUUUCUUUCUUCUACUAAAUUUGGGUUUUGUUUGUUCUUUUAAUAGUUCCUUUAGGUGUAAGUUUAGGUUGUUUGAGAUUUUUUUUGUUUUCCUGAGGUAGGCUUGUAUCACUAUAAACUUCCCACUUUGGACUGCUUUAGCUAUAUCCCAUAGAUUUUGGAUUGUUUUGUUUUUGUUUUUAUUUGCCUAUAGAUUUUUUUUUUUUUUUUGCCACACUGGGCAGCUUGAGGGAUCUCAGUUUCCCGACAAGUGAUUGAACCCAGGCCACAGCAGUGAAAGCCUGGAAUCCUAUCCACUAAGCCACUAGAGAACUCCUGAUUUUUUUUUUAUUUCUUUGAUUUCUUCAGUGAUCCAUUGGUUGUUAGCAUAUUAUUUAGUCUCCAUGUGUUUGUGUUUUUUGCAGUUUUUUUUUUUUCUUUUUCUUGU